GUGACGUAGCCGGACGCUGCCGUUGGUUUUUCCGGCAGGCUCGCCGCCCCGUCCUCCUCGGCAAAAUGGCGGAGGUCGGUCAGCGGCUUGGGAGCGGAGUUUACCGACUGUCCGCCCUCAGAAACAGCCAGGGUCGACAGGUGUGCACCGGGGAGAGUCCCGGGUCUCUGCUGGUAAACUGCUCCUUCAGUGACAGUCGAACAAAAGAGGAAUCAGCAAAAGAUCAACGUGAAGUUAAGUCAAAACGGAGAGCAACACAACGCAAAUUAGCGAAGGUUCCCAGAGUGAGAACAGAUACCCUAGAAGCUUAUAGAACAGCCCUGUACCACUCAGCAAGAAUGCAGCCUCUCCUCCAGGAGAAGCUGCUGCCUGGCAGGAUGACAACCUGGGCCAGAGGGGCUGCCUCCCUCCACCCUGACACCUUCAGGUCCUCUCAGCAGCUCCGAGCUUUCUGUACUGUCAUCUUCAUCCUGGCAGAGGAGGGGUCAGAGACACCGGGUCGUGGAUCAAGACUAAGGCGUCUGAACCUGCAUCCUGAUAUCCUGCGAGGAUCUACAACUAGCCGAAGCUACAGCUGGAGGAGUGACAGCAGCUCAAAAGAUGCUCCACCUCUGUACAGAAGCAGGAUGGGCUAUUAUGACAUCCUCAGAGUUUCCCCCAGCGCUACGCAGGCCCAGAUCAAGACGGCCUACUACAAGCAGUCCUUCAUCUACCACCCUGACAAGAACCCGGAGGACAAGGAAGCCACUGUGCGCUUCUCUAAGAUCAGCGAGGCCUAUGCGGUGCUGGGAAACAUCAGCCUGAGGAAGAAGUACGACCGUGGUAUCCUGAGCCAGUCAGACCUUUCAGGGAGACCAUCUUCCAAAGAGACCCCGAGCAGAUCCACCGGCUCCCCACAUCAGUACAGAGCAAGGCGGUUCUCCCAAGCCGGGGGGAAGACCAUGUUUGAUUUUGACGCCUUUUAUCAGGCUCACUACGGGGAGCAGCUGCAGAGGGAGAAGGACAUGAGAGCCAGGAAGCAGCACAUGGAGGAGAUGCAAAAGCAGAAUUACAAGAAGUGGAAAGAGGGCAAAAUGGUAGAGGGGACUGUGGUGGUGAUUCUGGCCAUGGCAGUGCUGCUUUUUGUCAACAUCAGCGGCUCCUGAAAUAGAAGCAGCAACCAGAUGACAGCUCUCAGCGAGGAGGAGGUGGAUGGGGCAGGGGUGCUACCUCACACUGGUUAUUGCAGGUGUUGCACAGUUUUUCUGACAGCUGAAGACAACUGAAUGAUAAUUGUUAUUAUUAUCAUUAUUGUGUGUGUUGCAGGAGUAAACACAAGUCAGCUCACUGUCUCUUAUUUCAUAAAAGGUGUAGCAGAUGGACUGAUUGUGCGAAGAGAGCGACUCAACAUAUUUAUUUUCUGCAUUUCUUCAUGUUUAGGACCCACAAAAGCGUAAACAAACCAGGACGUCUCAGAAAGUGAAAAUCUGAGAGCCACAUGACGGUUAUUUAUUCCUGCAACAAUUCAUGUAUGGCUCUCUGAAAAGCACCCAGUAUCUGGGUUAUAUCAUAUUUCACAUUUCGUGGCUCUCAAGCAGUAUAUUUAUUAUUUAAAAAAAUGCUUUCAGAGUCACACCAUCAAAAUCUCGUUAAAGUUCAUACUUACUAACCUGAUGCAGACAUGUCAUUGCAGAUUUGAUCUUUGCAUCAUCAUCAACAACUGUUCAACCCAUGGUGAAGUUUCUGUGUAAACUAGGGCUGCAACUAACAGUUAUUAUUGUUAUUGUUAAUUCUUCUGGUGAUUGUUUCCACAAUUAAUCGAUUUAAGUUCUAUAAAACUUAAGAAAACAUCAAGUGUUGAUCAAAGUUUUGUCUCGUUUUGUCCAAAACCUAAAGAAAAGAAACCAGAACAUAUUCACAUUUAAUAAGGUGGAAUCAGAGAAAUUUGAUGCUCAAACAAUUGAUUUCAUCAUUGGUUUUCAAUCACAGAAUUUUGAAAAAAAUGACUAAAACAAAGUUAUUGAUUUUCAAAAUAGUUUGGAAAGUCCAGUGUAAACACUCGUUUAAAUACUUUCUAUUCACGAGUGUGAAGCCAUACAACUGUUUUUGGCAGCUUGAGUUGAUUUUCUAUUCAUCCUGCUGCACAAGGAUGGAGGACUUAAAUCUCUCAUGCUGAAAUACGCACAAUUCCUCUUCCUGUUCUCACACGCUGGAUCUGUAAUGUAAACUCUGGAGUGUGAAAUUUUAAGAUCAUUUGUUUAUUAGUAAAUUAAUGCACAUUUUUAUGUGUAUAUGUGUAUGUACUGUACAAAUGAGAUGCCAGAUUAUGUUAAAUCAUCUAUUUUAUGUUAAGCAAAUAUAAUAAACUGUUUCUUCUGCAGUGUUAUAAGAUCUGACCUUUAGGGGGCAUCUGAGUACAGCAAAAAGGAUCUCUGGGUGAAUGCUUGAAGUCUGCAGCCCUCAGUGAUUUUGAACUCUGUGUGGGAUGAUAUUAAUGCAUGUCAUGGAGGUCUCAGCCCACUGAGAGCUGCUGCCGAUGACGGGAUGACUGUUUAUUUUAUCCAGUUUCCAAGAAGAUGUCACAUUAGAAGCAUCAAACCUGUUAAAUGUCUGGGAUUGCGUUAUCGGUCAUUGAACUGACAGAAGUGGUUAAAACAUGUCAAGUGUUGCGAACACGCUGAAAGUAUAAUGACUCAGAGUGUGUUCACGUCAGGGCCUAAAUAUGGAGCACAAGCUGAUUCUAUUUUAUCUCAUACAAACUGAAACAAGAGAAAACCACAUGUAAUGUUUCACACUAAUAAAUAAGGGUGAGACAGUUUU